GCCUGGGGCUGGGUGGCGGGUGGCGGCAGGCAGGCGGGAGGAGCCAGAGGGCGGGGCCUGGGGUGAUUCACCUGCCGAGCGGACUCGGACUCGCCCCAGUUCCGGACCUGGGCGGCCCGGCCCUGCGGCGCCACUCCCCACCCCGAGCGGACUUCGGAACUGUCCUGGGACCCACGGGCUCCGAAACUCGGGCGGACGCGAGCCCGGCAGGUCUGUGCCCUGCGAGGAUGCGCGCUCUGCCUGCCCAGGAUGCAUCCGCCAGCGAACGGCCACCUCCCCCGGACCCCGAGGAGGUGCGGGACCCGCACGCGGCGCGGCCGGCGCGCAGGAGCGCGGUGGAGAGGCUCGCUGCGGACCGAGCCAAGUACGUUCGAGGCCUGCCGGGGACCCAUGCGGACCCCGCUUCCGAGAGCGGCAGCCCCGGGGCGCCCGCGGGGCAGCACUGCGACCCGGCUGCUCCGGCCCGCGUCCCAGCACCGGUAGCGCGCAGGGUUAUCGCGCGGAAGCCUCUGAGGCCUGACUCACUGGUCAUCUACCGGCAAAAAUGCGAGUUCGUCCGAGGGCCAGGUACCGACGGCCCCAGGGGAGGCCUGGUGAAGAAAUUUUUCCAGGGACCAGGCAAAGACAAGGCCCUGGAGCCCUACCAAACAACCGGGGCAGGGGAGGAGAGCAAGGCGGGCGGCGGGGAGGCCGCACCCAUCAAGCCUUGCCAGGAGGCUGCGACCGCUCCCCGACUCCCUAUCGGGGGCCCAGAGCCCCGCGCCCCCGCCUUGCCCUCAGUUGCACCCCCGGGGGCCCAGGCGGCGCGCACCGGCGUGGAGCUGCGGGUGGCCAGACGUCGAGGGCUGCAGCGCUCACAGUCAGACCUCAGCUCCCGCUACUCUCUGUCCAAAGCCGAGUUUGACACCUUUUUCCAGUACUGUGGCCUGGAUCCCGAGGUGAUCGAGGCUCUUGGGAAGGAAAACUUCUCCGCGGGGUCCGACCAUGUCGCCCUCAAGGUGCGCAGCGUAAGUGUGGCCACUUCCGACAGCGGCUUCUCCCGGCACAGCGACGGGGACAACGAUGGGCUGCAGGAGGAGGAGCUCGUAGAACAGGUGCCCAGCACCACGUCUGUAGUCGAGAGGAAUGCCCGCAUCAUCAAGUGGCUGUUCACGUGCAAGAAGGCCAAGGAGACCUCCAGCCAGGGGCCUGCGUGAAGUCCUGCGUUCAAGACCAGGAACCCAGGAAACAGACCUUACUGGUGACAAGAAGACCCCUUGAUGUUGUGGAUGACUUGCAACCCCUGGCCAUUUGUGCAGUGUGCCCCAAGGACACAUGACUGCUGCUUUUCGAGGAAUCGAGCAUCCUGCUGACAAAGCUUGCUGACUACAGAAGGGUUGAUGGGAGACAUGUCAAGGGCAUCUUUUUGAUUGACUUGGUGACAAAGAGAUGCUACAAUACAUGACAAUAGAUGACAAUGUCUUCAUUUUUUUUGAAACAAAAAGGAGAAAGCCAUGAAAAUCAAGCACGUGUGGCAUGGUUUUAUUCCUUUUGACUGAUUGACUCCAUGUGAAGUUCUGUAACCACCAGGAAGCUUUCUGCUUCAAUGCUGUGUCUAACAGCAGACACACUUGGUCUCUAAAGCUUCACUGCAGACUACAAAGCACCACUCACUACCAUCUGAAUUUUCCCAAACAGCAUGACUGAUGGUCUUCUUCUGUGAGUCAGAAAGCACAUUCAGAAUCCCUCCAGGGCAACAGGGUCAUUCUGUCGGUGCCACUCCUUCCUGCUAGGUGGUAGUCAUGUGGAAGGACACGGUGGAAGAUACACGGAAGCAAAGGUAUUGCUGAGUAAAGCAAUACCUUUAUUGUCCCUGAACGGUUUCCUUGAGAGUUGGAGAAGAGUCUUGGGGUCCUCUUGUCAGGUCUGAAGUGGUAUUCCCAGGUAUAAUUCAAGAAGUGCCCCCAUUCUCAUCUGCAGAGGAGAGACUCCUGGCCCCACAAGCAUGGGCACCUGGAACGGGAGCUCUUCACGGCCUGGUGUCCAGUCCAGUGCUCACUGCACACACCAUGGAAUCAGCUGAAUUUGGCACAGUUCCCUCUGUGGAGAGCAUGUUUUGCAGGCAGGGAUGGCAUCUGGUUGUGGGGAGACUCUGGGAUCUGCAUGUUCAUGGGAGCUACAGGAGCCCUGACUUAACACACUCAGGGAAAAGGGAUCACAGAUUCAGAACCUUCUAAGGGAAUCUUCUAUCCAUGAGAACCAGAAGAGAAUUUGUGACCUAGUCAACUCUUUGAAAGCUUACCAUGUUUUAUCAAAAUGUAUCUCCAAAACCAAAAUUACUCAAGGGAAAAAUAUGGGAAGAAAUGGGUCUCUCAGUGGUAACAUUUUGUAACAUCUUAAUAUAUUUGUGUACUUGCGUAAGAAUGUGUUCUGUCUGUGCCUGAUUCAUCGUGAGAGCAGACCUCUGCAUCUCAGUUGCUAGUCCCUGGGAGUUUCACUUUACCUCAUUUGUCUAUCAGCCUAUCAGUUCCAUUGUAAAUCACUUUCUCCUUUCUCAUCUUGUGACUGCAGUGGAAUGUUGGCCACUCUGCAGGGUGCUCAGUCCUAUGGUGUGUUUCCACGUGGUCCCAGGUGAGAGUUCCUGGGGUUUGCCCUCCACAGUGUUGAGAAGCCACACACUACUUGAGAACUGUGCCCUGGUCAUUGCUCUGUAGUGCUGCUGUUUUGCCAUUCACUGUAUUUCAUUUAGUUUGGAGGACAUCAAAGGUGAGAUCUUUCAUGUACCUGUGUCUCUCAUUUUCAGAUGUCCUACUAAUUUUAUAUGUGAAUGCUUUAACUGAACCCUUCAUGUCUUUCUGCUGUCAGAACAGAAUGACUGGCAGCUGAGGUCACACUCACCUUUCAUAUAAUGGAUGAAAAAUAUGGAAACCUAUUGGUUUCUGCUUGAAGCCCCCAACAUCUUCCAGAAUCAUCUGCAUUUUCAGUGGUGGCAUGGGAAAGAGAGGAAAUUCAAACUGACAUUGGAGUGAACCCUGGAAACGAAUACCACAGGGGAGGCCUAGGGAGUGUAUAGUAGGUGUAUCAGUCCAGAGGAAGCAAGCUGGCUGCCUUGCCCCUGCAGAUGCAUGCCUCAGCUGCAUGUGCAGGCAUGUGGCUGAGGUAGACACCGUGUCCUAGCCCCAUUGCUGCCCAUGGUGACCUAAAACAAUGCCACAGAGUUGCUGGAGACAUUUCUAGUAGUUCUCCUCUGCACACACUUGCAACCAGAGUGCAAUAUUUUAUGCUCUGUAUUAAAGAAAUAAAGUGUAGUUUUCAUCUGAUCUCCAUCUGUAAGUUUGAACAAGAUGAAACUUUCCUGAAGGGAGAAUGUGCUCAUUGUAAUCCAUAAUUCCUCCAGUGUGUGUUUCUGCCUUGCCUCUGGAAUGUUGCCUUCUCAGGUUACCAGCAGCAGUGGAGCAUCCCCAGUCUUGGCCUCCUGGAGAUAUGCUGCAGUGAAAACCAUAUGAAUAUUUAGCACUCAAUCUUCUACUGUUUCAUCUAUCUUUUGCUUUAAAAAUAUUUUAUGUUUUACUAAUAUUAUCACUGGAAAUCGGGCAUCCAGAUAAAAAUGAAGGCAGUUUGUACCUUUCUCCUUGGCUCUCAGGGAGCUCUGCUAUUUGGGGCAGGCAGGUGAGGGAGCCUGUGCUCUUGCUGCACUGACCAAGUCAGUUGGUUUCUUUUCAGCCUUGCAACAGCUAUGCCGCAUCUAUAUCAGACCCACAGUCAGGCCUCUUGAGGAGAGUGAGUGCCUCAGCUCUGUAUUUUCAUGAAGAACCAGCCACGCGUAGGGUGCUGUAGAAUGAAGCCUCGUGGCACCCAUGGCCAUCUGACAGCAGUCACCAUGCCUUUCAGUUACAUCUUGAAACUUCUGGAGAGCGAGAAGCAAUAAAGUUACACACAAUGGCUAGCUUAUUAGAUACAUUUAUAUAAAAUGUACAUGUUUCAGAUUGAAUAUUGAACAAGUACAAAAUUGAAUGUCUGGGCUUGCUGCUUGUAGGCCUGGCCUUGGGAGUAGCAGACAAGUCACAGAAGCAACAGGAAGUGUGCCGCCUCCCUCAUCACCUCUGCAGCUGUGCCUCAGAUUCCUGAGUGACUGUCAUCUUUGGGUUAUCAUUUUCAAAAUAGUCACUAACUUUGGAACCACUCCAAAGAGGAGAAUACAUUAAGCCAUUAAUAAUGAUUCACCUUUGAGUGAAAAGGGAGUCUUCAUUAACCCUUCCUGAUGAUCAUUCCUUCCCUCACUUUAGUUCCACCUUCUGAGGAUAACUGUGUCAGAGCUACUGAGGGCACUUGUUACUGUUAGUGCUCAGUCUUGCAUUUUCACUCUUGCCCUCAAUUUGGGCAACUUAGGGUGCUUCCUCCCCGAUGGGGGCAACCUUGAGGUCAGGAUGCAGGAGUUGGAAGUUUCUGGACAUGAGGGACUUGUGGUUUACCUGAAGAGUUGUGAAUUGAGGCAUCUGUUUCAGUCUUGUGUUGGGUUUUCCUACAGCUGUCUGUUCAAAACCUCUGCAUCUUCCUUUGAGAUUCACCACUAAUCACUAUAU